AAAAAGCGUACAUAAUAGCGAAGAAGUUCUGUACGGAUAGAGGUUAUUUCAGUUUUUUGUGCAAAAAAUAUCAAUUUUUGAUAAUAGAACGAAAUAUGGCCCAAAGCAGAUUAGAGAAAAUUGGAACAAUAUACACAAGAAUCACAGGCUUGCUAAAAACUGGGGCUAUGAAGUCAGAAGAUAAACCAAUAUGGUAUGAUUUAUAUGAAGCUUUUCCACCUAAGUUGGAACCGCGCUUUGAUAGACCCGCCCCAAAUAUACCUAUACGAAACAUAUUCUACGCAGAAGAUGUUAUCAGAGCGAAGUUUCAUAAAUUUCAAAAGCAACCAGAAACGAUAAGCUUACUUGAUCACAAAAGGGAAACACAAGUUCAACAGUUUGUUAAAAUCUAUCACCAUCUAAAAUCUCAGGGAGCACUAGAUGACGAAAAAGUUUUUGAAACUGCGAUGGAAUUAUUAAAUGAGAAAAGGGCCCAGGCUAGGACGGAAGAAGCGGACACGCUUCCAGAAGUAUAUAGUGCUGAUGGAGACACUCUUACAAAAGCGUUCACUGAAGCUAAAGAAGCUCAAAUGAAAGCAAUCCAACAACCAAUACCAGAUACAACUGACAGGAAGGCUGGCAAAACAGGACGAAAUCGUCAGAUAAGUGGAAUAGAUGUGCAAAAUCUCUUUAAAGAAUAAAAAUACAAUUGACGUGACA